AUGAGGGUUAAGAAAGACUACAGUUAUCUGCCACUAGACACCACAUCACCACAUCGCCUUACCGCUGUCCUCCGCAUCACUUCUCCCGCAAGAGAACUCACCGCGCACGGAAAAAAUAUGUCUCUCACAUCUGUCCUCUCUGCUGAUGCCAUUGACAGUGCUCUCAAGGACUGCCAAGCUCCAGACUCCUUCAGCCACAAGAAGUUUUUCCAGCUGUGUGGCCUCUCCAAGAAGAGUGCAGCUGAGGUGAAGAAAGUCUUCGCCAUCCUGGACAAUGACAACAGCGGCUUUAUUGAGGAGGAAGAGCUGAAGUUCUUUCUGCAGCGGUUUUCCCCUGGUGCUCGGGCCCUCACAGAUGCCGAGACCAAAGCCUUCCUGCGCGCUGCCGAUUGCGACAGCGAUGGCCGAAUUGGAGUAGAUGAGUUCCAAACCAUGGUUUUGUCAUAA